AUGGCUGAGUCCGUUGUUGCCGAACAGCCAGAUCUCUCCAGCCUGACCGGCUCGCCUGGUCAGAAGCGGAAGCGUGAGUCAGGCAGCCCUGAUCUGACCAGGAAUAAGCGUCCUGCGCCAGCUGCCCACAUGUCGACCGACGCCGCGUCCUUCAUCGACAGUGCCAUGGACACCCAGGUUGCCAAUGCGAAUGGCGUCAAUGUCGCCGACUUUAACGCCUUGCAGCAGGCGGCCCAGGCCGACCACCCCGAGGCUCCGGACCCCGCCAGUGCUACCAGCACCGCCCAGGCUGCCCUGGGAAUGUAUCCCACUCUCCACGUUCCGCCGUCGACAGAGGAACAAUUUGCAGCUCAGGCAACCGCCGAUGGCGAUCAUGGCCAUGAUGCCCAGUUCAACCCAGAUGUGCCACCACCCAACGUUGACGGCAUCAUGGAACCUCCACCCCCUCCGGUUGCCCCUCCCCAGCAUCAGCCCACACCACCAAAUGGGGUGCAGCACCAACCACCCCGGUACCCUCCUGCGGCUCCCAACCCGAAGCCGACUGUGGGCUCGGAGGAAUGGCACAAGAUGAGAAAGGAUAACCACAAAGAAGUGGAACGUCGUCGCCGUGAAACCAUCAAUGAAGGCAUCAACGAGCUGGCCAAGAUUGUACCCGGCUGUGAAAAGAACAAGGGGUCCAUCCUGCAACGAGCCGUCAGUUUCAUCUCUCAGCUCAAGGAGAACGAGCAACAGAACAUUGAGAAGUGGACUCUGGAAAAGCUGCUUACGGAGCAAGCCAUAACAGAGUUGAGUGCUUCCAAUGACAAGCUCAAGCAAGAAUGCGAGCGCCUUUACCGCGAGCUCGAAACUUGGAAACGGGUGGCCCAGAACGCUGGCCUGGAGCCUCCCCAGCCCAAGGAGGAAAACACUGCCACCACUACAUCGAGCUAGGAGCCGACGUCAGCGUUGGCAUUGGCUUCCCUGUCGACGCUGCCAUCAUUCUAACGUAUACCCCCGUCUAAUGUUGCCGCUCACAUGCACCUGCCUUGCCCAGCAGCAGCAGCAGCAGCAGCUGUGGCACCCUCUCUAUCUUUCGUCUUGAUUCUAUACUUUGCUUUUAUGUUUUACUGCGGAGCCUCGGGCAACAUUACUCCAUCGGCCAGGAGCGAUAGAGAUACUCGGGGCGAGGAUCGUCUUUGUGCAUCCGAGUACGGUCGUCAGUUGCCUGGCUUGAAUCAUGUUGCCUUGAGUUUAGUUUGAUUUGAUCGAUUUUCAGUAGCUUGGCGUUGGUGGAUGGAUGGAUGGAUGGACGGAUUCACUUCCAGGUUGGCAGAGGGUUGAGGUAACAGGACUGAUUCAUGGUGCAAUCAAUACAAUAGCUUGAGCGCUGAAACGAGUUAUCUAUUAAAGUUGGCUACGCAUGCCAUUGUGGCCGACUGACUUCCUUGUCGUUAUGA